AUGCGUGCUCUUCUAUUCACUUCCUUUGUUCUCCUGGCGAUCGCAUUCGUCGAAGCCAAGAAACAAACGAUUACUGUCAAGGGAACGACCAUCUGUAAUAAGAAGAGAAUUCAAGCCGAAGUCACACUCUGGGAGAGAGAUACUCUUGACCCCGAUGACAAGCUCGCUUCGCUGACUUCCAGCAAAGAAGGAGAGUUCUCUGUGUCUGGCUCCGACGAUGAGAUCACUUCCAUCAACCCAUACCUCAUCAUCACUCACAACUGCAAUGUCAAGAAGGCCGGAUGCAAACGUAUCUCGGAAUUCGUCGUUCCAAAGGAGAAGAUCGGAGGAACCUAUGAUAUGACCUAUGUGACUCUCGAUAUUCUGUCAGCUAAAGAUAAGGAGAAGUGCUAG